CGCGGCUGCUCCCGCGCUCCCGGCAACGGCGGCGGCCCCGGAGCGGGUCCGGGCCCGGGGCUACGGUGCCCCUCAAGCACUGAAAGGCCGCGGUGUGGGAGCCAUGGAGAGGGGACUCAUGGCAGGGGCCGUGCGCAUCGGGAGCCAGCUCAUUCUGGAAGAAGAUUACAAUGAUUCCUAUGUUCCUGAUGAGCAAGAAAUCCGGAACUUUGCACCGAUAAUCGGGAUUGACCCCGAGAAGGAGCCAGAGCUGCUGUGGCUGGCCAGGGAGUGCCUGGUGGCCCCGUUACCCCCUGACUGGAAGCCCUGCCAGGACACCACUGGUGAUGUGUAUUACUUCAACUUUGCAACGGGCCAGUCCAUGUGGGAGCACCCCUGUGAUGAGCAGUACAGGGAGCUGGUGAUCCGGGAGAGGGAGAAGCUGCUGGCACAGGGCAGCCUGAGGAAGGAGAAGAAAGAGAAGAAGCAGAAGAAAGAAAAGAAAGAGAAGAAGGACAAGAAGGAGAAGCAGUUGCUGAAGCAAACCCCUCCCCUGGGCCCCCACCUGGCCCCCAUCCAGCUGCCCCUGGGGCCCCUCUCUCCUCUCCGUGGCCUCGCUCCGGCUCAGCCCGUCGUCCUCCGUGGCUCCCCGAGCGUGGGCAGCGUGGGCAGCGUGGUGGACUCCGACCUGCUGGCCAGGGAAGGAACUCAGCUUGCAGAGAUCCGUAAGCCCACUGGGCACACCAGGAACCUGCUGGGCUUGCUCUGUGACGAUGAGAAGAUUUCCUUGGACACGGCAGCUCUGGAUAAAUGGAGGAACGAGGAGGACGACAGUGAAAAUGAGGGUUUCCGUGGGACAUCAGGACUGUUAAAAAACCUGUACUUGGAUGUGGACGCCCUGGGAGGCAGCUUUGACUUUGAGGAGAACAGCGAGGCAGAGCAGGAGAACCCCAGCAGCCCGUUGGCUGAUGGUGCUGAUCCCCCUGGAGCUGCUCCCCAGCACCCCGGGAGUCCUGUGGAGGAUGCUGGCAGCCUGGCAGAGAAGGAAUCUUUAAAAUCAAGACAUGCCGAAGAAGUGCAAGAGUCUUCCUUGGAUUCUGAUGCUGCGUGCCCUCCAUCUCCAGUUCAAAUCCUUCCUGGAGAUGCUGACAGCAGCCUGUCUGGCCAGAACAAGGAGGACUCUGGUGGGGAACUUGCUGGGGAUGAGGUACUGGACAAAGAUGAUGUUGAGGUGGAAGGUGACGUCCCUGCAGCUGAGGAGCUGCCCCAGUCUGUGGGGGAAAGGAGCCCAGCAAGGAUGGAUGUGCCCAGCGGUCCUGGACAGCCUGGAGCUGCUCCUGCAGCUGUGGAAGAUGCCGAGGCAGAUGAGCUGGGGAGCCUGGCUGCCACUGCUGACACCGUGUCUUGUGGAGAAAAGAUGGUGGAUGAAGUGAGGGAAGAAACAGCAGCUGAUCCAAAAACAGAGAGCAGGCUGGAUGCUGGUGAACUUUCAAAGGCGUCGGAGAUCAGUGGGGAGGACCUGCAUGUCUCCAACAGCUCCAACAGGGAGCUGGCUCAGCCUCUGGUGUUGGGCUUCCAGAGCCAGCUUCCUGAGGAAGUACUGGAUGCAGGGGCUCCUGUCUUAGGCAGCCCCGUGUGCAAGGCCCAGGAGCUGGGAGAAGAGGAAAAAGACCAAAGCAAAGCCAGUACAGAGGAAGAGCAAAGCAAAAGAACAAAAGCUCCUGCGAGCGAGAGGGAUCUCGGUGCUUGUGAGACACCAGAGGAGUGUUUGGGUUUAGAGAACCCCGAUGGGGAGGAGGCGGCGGCCCUGGAGCGGGAGGAGGGAUCGCUGGGCAGCCCGAAGGAUCCAGAGGAGCUGUCUGCCCCACGGGACACGCAACCUGAGGAGGAAAUCAAGCACCAGCAGUCCUUGAACCAGCCUAGAGAAGAAUCCCUGGAGGAAAUAGCCAAGAAUGUGGAGACAGAGCUUGAGCAAGAGGAAAUUCAUUUAUUUCAAGCAAAGGAGAAGAAAAUUCAGCAAUUCCAGGAGGAGACAAGGCAGGAGGAGGAAGCAGAGAAGCUUGAUCAGCAAAAAGAAAAAUCCCUCAGGACUCCAGAAGAAGACUUGGCAAAGGUUUCUGAGGAGGAAGAGCUGCGUGUCAGAGAGGAAGAAGCUGAGAGACUGACAAAGCUGAGAGCCAAGAUUGCCUCAGAGACCGAGGCAGAGGAGGAGAGGAUGAGGGCAGAGCAGGAGGCCACGCUGCAGAAACUAAGGGAAGAGUGGGAAUCCCAGCAGCUGAAGGAGAAGGAGAGCCUGGAGAGGAAGCAGCAGCUUGCCUUGGAGGAAAUGAAGCUGGAAAUGGAGGAAGCCCAGCAGAAAGAGAUCAGGGAGCUGGAACGAGAGAAGGAACAGUUCCUGAGCGAGGUCAGGGAGAGGUUAGACAGGGAGAAGAAGAAGGCAGUAGAGGAGCUGGAGGAACAGUUUGCGGGUGAACUCCAGCAGCUGAAGUCUGCAGCAGAAGAGAAGCAUCGUGAGGUCAUUUCCAGCCUGCAAACCCAGCUAGCAGAGGCACAGAGCAGCCAGGAGGCUCAGCUGCGUGAAGACUUGCAGAGAGCGGGUCAGAAAGUGCAGCAAAAAGCCUUCCAAGUGAAGGAAUACGAGAGGGAGCUCAGCGAGCUCAUGAGUGAGAAACGGCACGAGGUGGAGAGAGACCACGAGAGGAGGAUGGAGAGGAUGAGACAGGAGCACCGGGAGGCCUUAGCCCGGGUUAAGGAGCAGUUUGAGGAGGAGGAGCGGAGGCGGAGGUCAGAGCUGCUGCAGAGGGUGCAGAGUGAGACCCUGCAGCUCUGGCAGUCCCACAACGCCGAGGUGAAGGCUCUGCAGGAGGAGCUGGAGGGGAGGCUCACUGACCUGAAGCACAGGCACAGGGAGAAGGAAAGAAAAAUCCAGGAUGCGGAGAACGAGCUUGAAAUACGUGCAAAGAGCCUCCAAGCCAGAUCAGAGCAGCUCCUCAGCCAGGAGGAGGACCUGCGAAGGAAAAGGCAGCAGCUGCUGGAUGAGGACAGGAGGACACAGCUGGAAAGGGAUGAAGCUGCUUUGGCCUCUCAGCUGCGCCUGGAGGAGAGCAGGAAGGAGCAUGGCAGCCUCCUCGAGGCCGUGAGGCAGCUGAGGAAGUCUCUGGAGGAGCUGCAGGACCAGAAGGCUGAGCUGGAGGCCCAGGUGGACCUGCUGCAGACCCGCAGCCAGAGGCUGCAGAGGCGCAUCGGUGAGCUGGAGGAAGCAGUCAGGAGCAGGCAGGAGACUCUGAAAGAACUGGAGGCAGAAGAGAGUGUGGAGUCUCCAGGAAAGCAAGCUGAGCUCCGUAUUGAAGACCUGAGAGAAAGUACUCAAGCUCCCUCAUCCAGAGAACUUGCUUCCUCAGCCUCUCAGAGCCACGAGGAAAGUGACUUCCAGCGUGAUCCUGUCCGGAGCUACAUCUCUGCGGAAGGGGCCUCCCUCCGGAGUGCCAAGGAGUUCCUGCGGCACCAGACCUGCUCCAUGAGGAGGAGGCACUCAGCACUGAAGGCUGCGAGGGUGCAGUGGCGCCAGGACCUGCAGAGGGCACAGGAGGCACUGCAGGAUCCCCACAGCUCCCAGCUCCUGGAGGGCAUGCGCCAGAACCUGGAGGAGGAGGCAAAGCACUUGGACAAGAUGAAGUUGGCCAUGCAGAAAGGGCAGGUGCUGCUGCAGAAGAAGGAGGAGAAGCUCGGCCAGCUGGAGUCUUCACUGCUGGAGGAGCUCUCAGAUGAGGAUACACUGAAGAGUGCUGCCUGCAAGAAGGUGGUGACUUUUGAUCUGAGUGACUCUGAGGACACAGAGAGUGCAUCCAUUGGAGAACUGUGUCAGCCUAAAUUUGACUUGAGGACGGAUUUGUGGCCUGUCCCCCAGCUGGACAAGAUCCAGCACUUGAGGGACUCUCUGCAGUGUAUCACCAGUGAGCUGAACGGGGUCCUGGGGGUCCUGGACUCCCUGAGCCAUCACCACACUCCUCUCUUGGCCUCGACAGCCCAUGAUGGCAUCCCUCUGUCCACAUAUUCCUCCUUGGCAGGCCUGCAGGCAGGCAGCUCCCUGGGGGAUAUUUCCAGGGUGCCUUCCACUGACAGGUGGGCCUGGAACAGUGGGCUGAGCGUUGGUGUCUCCCUCUCAGGGCAGUCAGUGGACAACAUCCUGGCAGAGAAAUGGCACAGGUAUUUCCCAGAUGGGAUCUCAUCGCUCAGUGGGAAUCCCAAGCCUCUGGACAACAAGCUGGGAUACAUACCUGCAGAUGAACAAAUCCGGCAGCUGCAGCAUUCCAGGCUCCGUGAGCCGGGGAAGACGAGCAUCGAAGGGAUGAUCGAGAGCAACAAGAAAUGGCUGAAAAGCUUCAGGAAGGACUCAAAAGCACCUCUCUCCCCACGUGCACAGAAGCCCCCGGCCAGCAGCACCAGCCCCAGCCUCCUCCAGCUGGGAAUGGAUGAAAACAGGCAAAUUAAGGUGUACCACUACUGAAAGGUGGGGUUUUCUCUGGAGAGGUGGUGGGGGUCUCCCUGUGGUGUGCUGGGUCUCAGUGAUGCCCACUCAGCCAGCACUGCUGAGUCUUUGUGUCCUUGAAAACAAGUCUCUUUGCAAGAGAGUGGAGGAAGGAGGAAGCAAACUUCCCAGGUGGAUUCUUCUAAUCCUGUAAUGUGUCCAAAUAUACUUUAUAGACUAUUUAAUCCAGCGGUGACAUAUCAGGGCUUCGAUAAAUCAACAUUUCCCUCAUUAGUAUUCUAGCAGUGGUGAGGCAGAGCUGUGAAUCAUGGAGGGCUUUGAGUAACUGGUCAAGGGGGAGGAUUUGAAUCCAGCUGAGGCUGUGCUGGAGGAAACGUGUCAGGAAAUGAGCCCAGCAAAUGCUCCAUGGCAGGUGGGCCGUGUCAGCUGGCCUGUGGCACGUGUGAGCAGGGAGAAGGAGCAGUGAAAUGGUGCAGAGUCUGGGGACAAAAUCAGGGAAUGACAGAUUCUGGCUCUUGGGGAAUGUUCUGCUUGUUUGGGGUGGAAGCAACAGGAACUGAGCCAGGAGUGGCUCUCCAUGGCAGCGUUGGACAAGCAGUCCCUGCUCCUCUCUGUGCCAGACUGGCCAGAGCUGCUCAGCCAAGCAGCUGUGGGAGCUCUGUUCCCAUGCCAUGGAUGUGCCAAUGGCAACGGGAGCAGGGAUGGCAGGGGGGUGUGAGGAGUGUCUGCUGGUGCAGGCACUGCUGAGGAGCUCAGUCUGCAGUGAAUGUCAAGACAGAGCCCCACCUGCGUCCUUCCUGCCCUGGGAGAGGGAUCCAGGGCUCAGCUCAGCAGCUGGGCUCUGUCUGUAUAUACAGCCCUGUCUGUACAUUCCCUGGGCAGGGCUGGGGAGCCCAUCCAGCCUGAGCCUGGCCUGGCUGCUCCUGCAGCAGCUCCACGGGGAUCCUGGGAGAGGAGAGUUGUGGGAUGGGCUCUGGAGACUGGAAAGCUGGCUGAGGGGUGGGGGUGAGCAGCUCCUGGACCUCAGCUGCAAGGUGGUGGCUCGUGGCUUUGCUCCCUGGGUGGCUGCAGUCGUGUUCCUUGGGAAAGGCCGUGUCCAGAGUGUAUCCCAGCCCCCUGGGAUACAGGGGGCAGAUGGUGCUGCUCUACCCAGUGGGGAGGGGUCAGGAUUUCGUGCUGCUGAGCAGGAAUGUGGUGUUUGGUUGUCUGUUGUCAGUGUUUUCUCCAAGCUGACUCUAAAUAUUUUAUGCCCUAAAAAGAUGCCGAGCCACUUGCCAUUUUGCCUGAUGAGGACGCCUGCACUUCAAGGGAUCCCAUCUGUGAAAAAUGAUCUUCAAAGCCAUUUCUCCUGAGAUGCCCCUCACCCUGCGUGCUGUGUGUGCUCCUCGGGUGGGUGAUGAUGCACAGCCCCCUCCUGCUCUGCUUCUGGGUGGUGUGUGCUGGCACACGCCGUGAGCACGGCAGGGGGAUGUUUACAUGCAAAUAGAAAUAAUAUUUUUGAUGAGCAUCA